UUAGUAAAAUUUGCACUAAAUAGGACCAAAACAUAAUACUUUCCUACUCAAUUAAUUAACCAAUGCUCGAUGCCUUGAUACAUACGGAGUACGUAGCUAGUAGUGAUACGUAUAAGUAGUAAUUAAGGCGCGACCGACCUUAUAUUAUUAUUGAUUGCCAUUUUCCAUUUCUUCCACUCCCAUUUAUUUUGAUCUUCAUGAUGUUCAUAAAAUCCAUAGACCGCUUUUUCUGUUUCUCCCCUGCCUCCACCGCUGCCGCCCAACCCGGCCGCCGCCGCGUGGAACGACUCGGCGGCGGCCACACGCCCAGGAGCAGAAACAGCACCUCGCAGUCUUCGUCUCCUUGGGUUAACCCCGUCGUAGAGUCUCGCCGGAAAAGCUCCUCCGACGUCCCCGAUAACCUCCGGAGGAGCGGUACAUCUGCCGCCGCCGCCGCCACUCCGCCUGGUUCCCCCUUCAUUGAUCACUUGCUGGCAAUUAAUUCCAAGAAUGUCAAAGCAGCCUUGUUCAAGAAGAGGCAGAGCUCCAACGAGCCUUCCGGCGUUCUACGCCGGCCGUGGCCGGCGUCGAAAUUCCCGACGGCGACACCCAAGAACUCGAAUAAGGCUGACAGCUUGUCGUCAACUCCCAUCCCCCGCCGUAACCAUCAGGUUGUGGAGUUGAGGGUGUCAAUUCAUUGCAAGGGUUGUGAACGAAAAGUGAAGAAACAUCUCUCCAAAAUGGAAGGAGUGACGUGGUACAGUGUAGAUGCAUGCACACAGAAAGUGACGGUGGUGGGAGAGGUGAGUCCGUUGGGAGUGCUGGUCAGCAUUUCCAAGGUGAUGAAGAACGCACAGUUCUGGUAGUCCAGCUGCUACCUAGCUAGCAUACUCCGAUCCAUAUACUGUACUUUUUAUUUGGUUUUUACUUCUUCAUCUUUCGAACUUAUUAUAAUCAUAAAUGUAUAAUAAUGAUAGUAUGUAUAU